UGGUUGGUUACAGUGCUUGCUUAUCUCAUCAUCUCUUCCCUACUCUUUUCGGUGGUGGAUUCAGUUAAAUUUCAAUCGCCUUCUGCUUCUCCUCCUUCAUUUAUUCUCUCUCAAGAUCUAAGCAGAAGAGAAACUAAAAGGAAUGGCUAGAUUACUGCUUCUGUUUGCGCUCUGCGUGCUCCCGGUGCUCGUUAGUUCUGCCCGUCCUACCAGGAAUCCUUUCGCGGUGGAAGGGCUCGUGUACUGCGACACCUGCCGCGCCGGUUUCGAGACCUCCAAGACCACUUACAUUGCCGGUGCUACUGUCCGUGUAGAAUGCAAGGAUAGAAAAACUUUGGAUUGUGUGUACAGCAAACAGGGAAAAACCGACUCAACUGGAAAAUACAAAAUUUUUGUGACUGAGGACCAUGAGGAUCAGAUUUGCGAUGCUAUGGUCGUUCACAGCCCCCAGCAUGACUGUAAAACACCUGCUCAAGGCCGUGACCGUGCCCGUGUUGUUUUGACUCGUUACAAUGGUAUCGCCUCUGACAACCGAUUUGCCAAUGCAAUGGGGUUUGAGAAGGAUGAGGCCGUGUCUGGCUGCACUGAGCUUCUCCAACAAUACCAGGAGUUUGACGAUUAGAUCAUUGAUCAAGCCCUUUUAUAUUUGCCUACUAUAUUAAGAAUUGUUUCCGAUAUUGAUUAUUAUAUUUGUUAUUGUCUGGAUUGUUUUGUUAUAUGUUGUUUCUAGAGACCUACAGUCUACUUUGCUAAUCGAGUUCAGGUUGAGCGAAAAAGUAAAUACUUGCUUAAAGUUAUGGUGGCAAUCCCUUUAAUA